AUGCGAGUCUCACGAAGAUGUGUUCUAACAAACACAGUUCAACUGGUGGAAACACCACUUGAAACAGCAAACCGCAUGAGCAGUUCUCUCCUCAUGAUAGCCCAAGCACUUACAAAGAAUCACAACACAAAACGGAUCAACGGAUCCCAGCAUAGCUAUAUCAAAGAAGAUAUAGCUAAAGUCGUUGGGAUUGAAGCUAAGGCAACCAAAGGAUAUAACAACUAUAGCCUUUGGAGGCCAUGCUCAAACAGAAACAUCGUAUCGAGUCUAGAAUCGUACUACACAAUGAGACAGAUGGGAGACCCACGUGUCUCAAAUUAUGGACACGAAACAGAGGACACUACAGUCCCACCAUAUAACAGCAAAGACCGUAAAGAGGUCGACAUCCUGAUAGGAAUGGACCAUUACUGGGACUCCAGUCUAACACAACACUUCGGUCCCGUCUUAUCAGGAUCGCAGUCGUCAUCGAUUCCCACUGUUGUUUCUAAUUCGAAUUCAACAUCUCAACGUCCGACGCUGAACAUAACAGCGGAACAAACCGUCUGA